AUGUGUGCGUCUAAGACGAACGGGUACCAAGGAUAUAAACCGUUCGCGAUGCAGCAAUGUGCGACGUUGAAACCCGGUGAAUCAUACGAGCAGCGAGCAACUAAGUUCUCGUCAAUGGGCUCGCAAAUUACUACUUCAAUUUUAAAGAAUCGGAUGGGAAGGCACGCAUACGAGUCCGUGGCCAUGCAGAAUGGACUGCAUGUUCGAUCAGAACAUUAUCGUGUGCCCGAUCGACGCGGCGUGAGUGUAAACGAGAAGUUACCAAGUUCGAAACCAUUCAUAGCAUCGAGCACGUACUUGCACGAUUUUCCGGCAUCCGAUGAAGUGCGCAGGGGCAUUUUGCAUACACCUCUUGAAGAAUAUGAGAAGGCAUUUAUGGCUAUAGCACAGGAAAAUAAUCAGCAUCAAGGAAAAGCUAUACACUUAUGUCAGUUGCAGAAUGUAUUAGAGCUUGCGCUUGAUGAGGCUCAAGUUUGUCGCGUCGUUGAUGUUUUUCACAGCUUUCUCGAUCGUCGAGGAAGCGUGCGUGAUCAAAUAUCGUGGGAACUCUUUCUUCACGCAAUAGAUCAUGUCAACAAAUUGAUUGAUCAGGAGCUUAGCCAUUGCAAGAUGCCAGAGCCUAGUUGCAAAACAUGGAGUGACCAAGCGGUUAUCGAAAAGAAGCGUAACGAAUCCCUCAUAUACUCCUGCACCCCUGCCAGUAGUUAUAAAAAAGAUUAUGGUGCCUAUGGUGAUAAUCCACGUGAUCGACCAUACAUGAGGAAGCGAGGAAUGGCUUCCACUACGGCCGACCUAAAUUCGGGAACUAUGCGCAUGACAACUCAUUUGCCGGGUUAUGGAGGUUUCUUGCCGCUCUCAUCGCACAGUACAAAUGAAAAUAAUCAUUUUGUGCCUACACUGAGUGAGCUUCGGCUUUAUCACAGUGAAAAUAUUCCAGGCUACAGUGGGCACAAACCGGUGGACUGUGCGAACUACCGAGGUGAAUGCCGUGCUGGUAGUGAUUCUUGCACAACAACGGGAGAUAGUUACAAAGGCCACAAUUAG